UACUAUUUCUAAAGCAUUUGUCUGUUGAUGUACAGCACAACUGUUUCUCAGUGACAAAACGAUAACCAUAUGCGAAUGUUAGUAAGCGAAUGUCGUACUAUUUACCUGUCAAUAAACCUGUCCAGCGAUUUGGUACCAAUUUCGACAGAAGUUCUGCGAAAGGUAGGGAAAAAGAUCUUGAUACAUCAUGGCUAAUGAAGGAGCAGUGAUUGCUAUAAUAAUUGCAGUGGUUUCAAUGUCACUCAACUUUGCCAUUCACAAGAUAGAGGAAGGUCAUGUGGGUGUGUACUACAGAGGAGGAGCUCUUCUUUCAUCCACCUCUGGUCCUGGGUAUCACAUCAUGCUGCCUUUCAUCACAAGUGUCAAGUCUGUACAGACAACCUUACAAACUGAUGAGGUGAAAAAUGUUCCCUGCGGAACCAGUGGUGGAGUCAUGAUCUACUUUGAUAGGGUGGAGGUUGUCAAUAUCCUGAGCCCUGACCAUGUGCAUGCCACUGUAAAGGACUACACCACGGACUACGACAAGAUUCUUAUCUUCAACAAGGUUCACCACGAGCUGAACCAGUUCUGCAGCAGCCAUAGCUUGCAGGAGGUCUAUAUCGAGCAGUUUGAUAAGAUUGAUGAAAACUUGAAGUUGGCUCUGCAGACAGACCUUACUAAGAUGGCACCAGGACUCUUUGUGCAGGCGGUGCGCGUGACUAAGCCCAAAAUCCCGGAAGCUAUCAGGAGGAACUAUGAGGCAAUGGAGGCUGAGAAGACUAAACUUCUGGUAGCCAUCCAGAAACAAAAGGUUGUAGAGAAGGAGGCAGAGACUGAGAGAAAGAAGGCCAUUAUCGAGGCUGAGAAGCAAAAGGAAGUGUCAAAGAUUCAUUUUGACCAGAAAGUCAUGGAAAAGGAGUCACAGAAAAAGAUGUCUGAGAUCGAAGAUCUAACUGAGGUGGCCAAACAGAGGGCAAGAGCUGAUGCAGAGUAUUAUACAGCUCAGAAGCAGGCUGAGUCCAACCAGGUGAAGCUCACACCUCAGUACAUAGAGCUGAUGAAGUACCAGGCCAUUGCAGCCAACACCAAGCUCUACUUUGGCACCGACAUCCCCUCCAUGUUCUUUGAGACCAAGGAAGGAGCACAAGCAGAUGGUGCCAAAGUUGCUGCUGCCUCUAACACAGCACAGGACGACUCAUCUUCAAAGAAAAGUAGUGGUGGUAGAUAAUGGAUGCUAUGCACCUUACAUUGUAGUAUAGAGCUCUUUCAAUGAUAUGUCAAUUGAGACAUAAAUAGAAGGAGAGUCUAUUACAAUACACUGACAAUAUGGGAGGGGGACUGACUUUCAUCUGUUGACCUACAGUUUGAAUCCUUUUUUAUACAAUAUCCCAGAUUUGUACGAGUCAUUAGAAAAUUACUGGUAGACACUGUCACACAAGAUGAUGUACAUUUAUAUUUUUGUACACUUGUGGAAAGAGACAUCAAAGGAAACACUGUGUAAUUUUACAGUCCAACAUUGUCCUAUUAAGUGUAUCCUUAUUGCACACCAUUCUUACAUUGUCCACAGUGUCCCCUUAUUACAUGUUAAAAACAGUGAGUUUUGACCAAUUUCACACCUCCAUCUUGUUGUUGAGCGAUCUCUUAAAGUCAGAGGAAGACUGCAGUAGGACAGUUGAACAUUGAAUGCAGUAAUGUUUUCUGCUGUCCUACAUGUAUGUUUGAAAAGUGUUACUGCCCAUAACAUGGUCAUGUGAUAAAACACUUUCAUAGAGAGUAAUGGAAGGAACAUUGUUACAGAGAAAGCAAUAUUCAAAUUUGCCAAACACCUUGUUUUGUAUUCACAGGUUUAAGACAUAGGGGAAGAAAGAAAAUGUGUUGUCCAUGAUUUUAUGCUUGUGCAGAUUUUCAACAUGGCGGGAAAGAAUGAAACAGAUUUUGUUUUUUCCAUCAUUUUCCUUCUAUCAUUAACUGCAUUAGGAAAAGUUUCUUAAUAGAUCUGAUAUUAAGUAAUGUAGAAAAGCUAGAACAGGAAACAAAAACUGGUUAAGAUUAUUCCUUUGGAAGGGAUAUUUUUUGUGUACAGUUAUAACAUCAACCAGGUAUGUACACAAUGCAGGAAGCAAUUGGAAGAAAAAAGGUGGGGUUUGUUAUUUAGAUUAAAUUGUUAGUGCAGUUUUAA